AAUGUUAACCAACAAGCUGCUGACCCUGGUGCAGCCUGGACGGGUGCUACUGGGCAUGAAGAAGAGAUGGUUCGGAGCAGGGAAGUGGAAUGGGUUUGGUGGCAAAGUCCAACCUGGGGAGACUAUUGAAGAGGCUGCCAGGCGAGAACUGCAGGAGGAAAGUGGCCUCACAGUGGAUGCACUUGAUAAGAUUGGAAAAACAUUUGAAUUCAUCGGAGAACAGCUGCUUGAUGUGCAUGUUUUCCGAGCUGACAACUACAACGGGGAGCCAACAGAGUCAGAUGAGAUGUCUCCACAGUGGUUCGACUCGGACAAGAUACCCUUUGGUCAAAUGUGGGUUGACGAUAUUCUGUGGUUUCCACUGAUGCUUCAAAAGAAGUUCUUUGGCUACUUCAAGUUUCAGGGUCAUGACUUGAUGACUUUAUCGAUCACAAGUUAGAGGAGGUAGAAAGCUUUAAGAGCGACUACUGGCCUCGGACUCAUUCAUACUGUAUCAAAGAGCAUUCCCACAUGUUGUCUACCUGAAACAUCCCUGGAGAAAUACUGCAGAAUUCCUACUGAUUCCAGCUACCCUUGAAAGCAGUGUGCUCUUUAGUAAAGAAUGCACCUCUUUUUUUGUUUCUUAAUGAUUUUUUUCUUGGGCCUCUAUAACUAUAUCUACUGUUUUUUUUUGCGAAUUGGAUUGAUCCCCCCCCUACCACACGGAA